AUGUUUAAGGUCAAGAUCAGAUCUCCUAGAGCUUUCAAUUCACAAGGUGCAACUGAAUUUAAUGAUCAAUGGCCUUUUUUGGAGAAAGCGAUCUUUGAAAUAUUCGAUGGAAGAACGCACCAAUUAAGUUUUGAAAAGCUUUACAAUGUUGUCUAUGGAAUGGUUUUACGUCGAAAUGGUGCAGAAUUGUACGAAAAUGUGCGUGCUACGUUGAGAAGUUUGAUGAUUGCGGCGAGAACUGGUGAAUUGGCCAGGAAUGAUCCCGACUUGCUUGAGAAAUUGGUAAAAGUGUGGGAAAAACAAUGCGAGAGUCUUCAAGCUGUCAGCGAUGUGAUGAUGUAUUUGGAUCGCGUGUUUUGUAAAGAAAACCGGCAAUUGUUGAUUUUUGACAUGGGACUCGAACUUUUCCGUGACGAAAUAGUCAAACCGUUAAAUGGGUCUGUCAAACGGUUGUUUAUUGAAAAUUUGAAUGAGGUUCGAUUGCAAAGGUCGGAGGCGAAGCUGAGACUAUUGAAAUCGACCGUAUCGAUUUUGGAAUCUCUGUCAAAAGAUGACGAUACUUACUAUGUCAAAGAGCUAGAACCUCACAUCCUGACUGAGACGACGAAUUAUUACGAUAACUUCGUCAAGUCGCAUAGAUAUACGCCGUCACAGUACUUGAGCCAAAUACGUGAGCUUUUCGAACUGGAAAAUCAAUUGGACACCGAGAUUUUGAAUAAGGACACAACAGUAAAAGUGAGAAAUGCGAUGAAAGACGUUCUUAUCACGAAAAACAGUUCCUUUAUUAUUGAUCAGGGUUUACCGGCAAUUAUCGAGGCUGAAGAUUUGGAGUCGCUCAGUUUACUUUUCGAGCUUUGCGAAAAGUCUUCGGACAGAGCCAAUCUUUUGAAGACUCUUUCUAAGCGUAUUAUUGACGAGGGAUCGGCCAUCAAAGUAGAGGACAACCUAAAAAAAAGAGCUAUACCUGCUAUCAAAUGGGUUCUUCAAGUUUUGAGACUGAAGGAAAAAUACAAUGGGAUUUUAAGCGCUAUUGGACAAGACAAACUCAAGACCGCAAGUUCUGUCGAUGCAGCUUUCUCAUUACUGUUGAACCAUCACCACAAAAAGACCGCCGAAUUCUUGUCAACGUACAUUGACUCGGUUCUCAGAUCUGCAGAAGAAUCACGAGUGCCAUUGUUAGACGAAGCCAUUGGCAUUUUUAAACUUUUGAAAGAUAAGGACGUGUUUGAGAAGAUAUACAAACAGCAGCUCUCUAAGCGACUUUUACAGGAUAGGUCUCAACUGGAGCUGGAAAAACACAUGAUAGAGAAAAUGAAGCAGGAAAUAGGAGCUUCGUUCACGUCCAAAAUGGAAGGAAUGAUUCGAGAUCUUCUCAUUUCGAAGGGAUACGAGAAGAAAUUCCGGCAAGAUUACACGGUUCCAGUAAAUUUCAAAGCAAACGUAUUGACAACAACGUGCUGGCCAUUUAGAAAUACGGACAGCUUCCAAGACAUUCAACUCCCGGAAACUCUUGAACGAUUAAAGCUGGAUUUUGAGAACUUUUUCAUCAAAUCUCAUACCGGCAGAACAUUACGUUGGGCGUAUCAUUUAGGUUCAAUGGACAUUGGGUGUCAGUUUGCAAAAGAUUACUAUGUUAUUUCUAUGUCCGUCUACGCAGCGACCGUCUUGUUGUUAUUUGAAACUCAUAGCCAAUUGACAACAGAAGAGAUCGCAGAUCUUACAUGCAUACCUUCUGAGGAAUUGACAAGGCAAUUAUUUUCCAUUUCUGUACCGCCCAAGACGAGAAUUUUGAAGAAAAGGCCGAUGAACAAAAACAUAGCACCCACGGACAUCUUCACAUUCAACCACGAUUUCACAGCCGCGACGAAAGCAAUUAAAAUUUCAACGGUCUUUAUGAAGGGAGAUUCCAGUUUGCAGGGUUUGAGCUCUUUACAAAACCCAAUUCAGGAAGCAAUGGAGGACAGGAAACUUCUAAUAGAUGCUUUGGUUGUUAGGGAAUUAAAAGUACCCAGAUCCAUCAAAGAACGCGACCUCUUCGUCAAAGUUCAAACCAAGCUAGCCAAUAAGUUCGAAUUGUCUCCCAAACUCCUGUCGGAAAGUCUUGCGCGCCUGAUAGACCGGGAAUAUGUGCAACGAGACUCCGAGGAUACUGCUUGCUAUCAUUAUUUACCCUAA